AUGGCUACCAACGAAGGACUGGCAAGAUUGCUUUCUUCGGCCAUUGAAAGAGCGGUAGGCGAUGUUCUGGAUUCACGAAGAGUAAGUGGCAUAAAAGAAAUAAUAUACAUACGUGUAGUGUUUAUGAUUUAUCAUGAAUUUCAAAUUUCACUUGCCUUAAAAGUUUUCGUAUUCUACAAUAUAUAGAAUGUGCAGACUACCAAUGAACCUAUUAAUAGUAAUAGUGAUUCAUCAUCACAGAGUACCUCGACGGUAAGCUUUCUCUUAUUUCUUGUAAACAUGUCAAAUGUAUCAAUAUAUAAUACACACAUACAUGUACACAUCAGUGGUACACAUACACACUUUAUAAACAAUAAUACUUUUGAGUAUUACGUACAGGUCACUUGGUUGUGUGUGUAUAGUCAAUUUAUUAAAAGUAAAAGCCUACCAGUACACACAAUUUCGUCAUCUUUCUAUUUAAUCAACAGAAUGUGCAGAAUAUAAACCAAACAUCAUUAGCUCGUAACAAUCCAAGGGUAAGUUAAACAUUUUUUGAAUGAGGAAUUUAAUAUAAUAAACUUAUUAGUUUACUAUGUGUUCUUUAUAUCCUACAACAAAAUUAUUAGUUCCGGUGGUGAAACUACAGUAGCCAUAGCAACUGGUUGUCCAUGACCAGUUGCUAUGCCAGCCAGUGGCAUAACAAAGGAAGAGGGGGCCCUUAGUAAUAUUUGGUGUGGGGGGGGGGGACUGUGGACUGUUGUCAUUGUUUGGCCGAGAUAUUAUAUUUAUAUUGAGUAUUUAUAGAAUGUCAGCUACCGUUGUUGAUGGAGCCUUUAUUAUUUAGCAUUAUUAAUUUUGCAUUUUCCCAUUGAUUCUUUUACCUGCAUUUUUUAAAUUUUCUAAUUUUUCGAAGGCUCUUUAUAGUUUUUUAACUAUAACCCUACCCAAUGAGCAUUACGACACUGUUGCUAGCUUUGCCACUGAUUAGUUAGCUGCACUGUUAUACUGGGUUUCAAUAUAAUUGCCAAAAUCAAGAAUCAUGAAUCAUGAGACGGGAACUCGUCUAAGACGAGAAACUCAUCCAGAUAUAAAUUCGGUUAAAUGACAGGUUUUCAGUCUCAACUUUUCCGUCUAACUUUCCCAUCUGAACGACGGAAAAGUUAUACAAGAACAUAGAUGGGAAACUCAUCUUAAAUUUAUAUCAGAUGAAUAAAUCAGUACGGGUUUCUGCUCGCAAGGUUAAAAAAAGACUGGGAUGGAGGGACUCCCAUUUUUGCAGGUUUAUCUGUCCGAUGGAUUUUGUUUCAUGUUCAUACCAGACGGAAAUCCGUCACACGAAUUUCCCGUCCUAGACGGAAAUCCGUCUUCUAAUAUGAAUUCAGCUAUUGUGAGAUCAACAAAGUCUGUUUUGAAUGAGAACAAAUAUUCUUUGUUGUUUUAUGGCUAAUGAAAAGAGGUCUUAAUUAAAUGUCCAGAUGCUGGAAGAAAAAUGGUUUCUAGUGGUUUUAGGCUGCCCCCAGGCUACUCAUUUCAGUUAUUUGUACUCAGAAUUUUUAAAGAGUGUACAAGACGUCUAUUGCAGUUGUUUGUGAAGCUAUUAAAAGUCUCUUGAAGUUCAUGCUAGUGCGUGAUUAGUUCUUUGUAGGAUUGCAGGAAACACCAUGUAAAUUUAUUACAGACUGCAAAGCUUUCAAUCCUUAAGCCCAGAUCUUCAUCAGUGCUAUUAAGAUCCGGGCUUAUGGAUCGAAAGCUUCGUAGUAAUAAAUUUUACAUGGUGUUUCCACAAACAAACGGGGCCGUACCUAGACGAGAUAAUUUGGGGGGGGUGCAUAUUCAUAUACCGUAAAGUCUCGAAAGUAAGCGCCCCCUCGAAAGUAAGAGCCCCGCGAAAGUAAGCGCCUUUUUCAACACUUGCUAGAGAAUCUGGAAAGUAAGCGCCUCCCCCCACCCACCCAUGAUACCGGUCAUAUCUAAGUAAAAACUCUUAAAUUAAAGAAACUCUCUAAACCAGAUGUAUACUAUGUCAUAUAUACUCUAUAACAUGGAUUUAAAAAAGGCCGAUGCUGAAAAUAACAACUUGAAAGUAGGCGCCCUUCGAAAGUAAGCGCCCCCUCAAAAGUAAGCGCCCCCUCAAAAGUAAGCGCCCCUUGAGGCCACUAAUUUCGAAAGUAAGCAGGGCGCUUACUUUCGAGGCUUUACGGUAUUCAGGUUCACAAACCGUAAAAACAAUCGUUUUCAAAAGAAAUCAGUAGGGCAGAACACGAAUAUAUGAAUAUGCAAACCCUUAUCGCAUCUAGUUACGGCCCUGCAAAUUCACAAAACGUAUAAAGGCCUACACACAGCGGACGCAAAUUGGCUACGCGACGCGAAUUUUCAAUUUUCAAUGACAUUUAACUUUAAUAUUUUUCUAUGUUUUUCAAAUAUUUGGAUCCACUUAAGAAAUUUUAGCUAUUUAGUCUGCAUAACUUGUAAAAUUUUUAUCCGUUGACGGUUUUAUUUGUUUUUAAAAACUGAAAAUUUGCGUCGCGUUGUCGAAUCACGUUCAGUCUGUAUGGGCCUUUAUAGUGCAUGAUUAACAAGAAUAUUUAAAACAUCCUUUAAGACCUUCCCACCAAGGAGUAUUUGAAUGUUUCUGUGGACCUCUUUAUUACAGCCAAGACAACAGCAGACAUUGCCAUCAGCAUUUGGCCAUUGUGUGCAAGUAACACCCACCCCAAGACGAAAAAGAUCAAGAACAUGUCAGGCAAAGCCAGGGAAAAUAUAUACCAAAGACAUUGUGUGUAUUCCACCUAAGAUCGCCAAUAAUUCAGAUACUUAUCCUAUUCCAAAAGGCGAAAGUAGAGCCAAAUUGGCCAAAAUGGGGCUUAUUGGGAAAAUCUACUUAGAAUCUACCUGGAGUGCAGAUGAAGUUGAAAAUGAAAUCAAGAGUGUCUUCCUAUCUGCAUUUAAUCUUCCUAAUAAUGUGCCUUUUGAGUACACUUACCUUAGGGUAAUUGUUUAUAUUUUAAUUUAAUUGAAGUUAGUAUUGCUCUGGCCUCUGAAACAUAUCUAAUAAUAAAGCACCAGUGGUAACAGGUCAGAACAAUGGGGGUACUGUUUAGAUAAAACUACAGUAACUGUACCAAGUUUUGGUACUUCAAGGAAGUUGUAUUUAACGGUUUUGUUUUUAUAUAUAUAUAUAUAUAUAUAUAUAUAUAUAUAUAUAUAUAUAUAUAUAUAUAUAUAUAUAUAUAUAUAUAUAUAUAUAUAUAUAUAACAAUUCAAGUUUUCUUGAUAUAGUAUAGAGUGCUCAAUACUUUAUUGUAGAGCUAAAUAUAUUUAAUUAUUUAUGAAAUAAAGUACAAAACAACCGUUGUUACUCAGAGUUUCAUGCCUGAGUUUACAGACAAUCUUCGGACAACUAAAGUUCUGUUCUUUAGUUGAACUUUAACAGAACUUUAGUUGUCCGAAGAUUGUCUGUAAACUCAGGCAUGAAACUCUGAAUAACAACGUUUGUUUUGUACUUCAUUUCAUAAAUAAUAAACACUGCCAGGGUAACUCAGCUGUUCGAGAUAGAAUGUAUGUGCUUUGAAUUUCUCGCCGCUUAUUCUUUUAUUUUCACGAAAUUUUGUAAUGCUUUUACUGUUUCAAAGGACUUACAGUGAAUCCUUUUUGUGUUUUGGCGCCAUUUCGGCGUCAUGCAGCAAUCAUGCAGCAAAUGACGUGGCAAGUGACUCGAUAUCAUAUAAACAGAGCGCUUAUUUGUCUCGCCUUGUUGGGUAACUCGCCUUGUUGGGUAACUGGCUUCCCUAAAUUAACUAAAUUCUAAAAGCUUCUAAAAGCUCCCUUCACUAAAUUCUAAAAGCUAUUAGUUGCAUUUUUGCAGCACAAUGCCAGGGACCAAGAAGCUUUGUGUGCCACGUAUAUCAUCGUCCUUCAAGUGGAAUGCACCAGAAGUUCUCUCCCUCUGCUCACAGGGUGCAAUUUAUAUAGCUUCAAAAGAAAAUCCCUUGGAAUAUAAUGGUCUAGAAGAUGACAAUGUAAAUUUCUCACAGUUUUUUAAUCUUUUACUUGCCAUGUUUUCUGCUUUUCAUAUAAGGGUAGGUUAGGCAAACGAGGUAAUUAAUUGGUUUUAGGUUUCAUUGCUAUGUUCUCCAGUCGUUAUGGUUAGGACAACGUAGGACCCACCUGAAACCAACUAAUUUGUAUUAGUAAUUAGUAUAAUCAAUAUAAAACGUUUUUACAGCUAUUGCAUUUUGCUUAGGCUAAAAUGGAUUUCUUGUUUAGGAAAGUUCAGGUUCUGAUAGUGAACUUUUAAGAAGUCCAUUUGCUAGUGAGGCUAGAUCUUCGGUGUCAGAGAAUUCAGUAACCAUUACCCCGCAAGAAUUAGUUAACAGUGGUGCAUCAACAUCACGGGAAAAUCAUAAUACAAGUAAUCACUACAGGUACAUUUUCAUUGACUAUAUUUAUUUUGUAAAUAGCCAGACUUUUACGGCGGGGGGGGGGGGAUUGUUUUGCACGACCAAAAGGGCGUGGCGAAAGUCGUGCCCGACGGACAUUUUAGUCGCUAAUUAAUAUUUCUUUUCCCAAAAUGUUGGCGGGGGGUGGGGGGUUUUCACUUUCCAUUUUUCACUAACUUACCGAAAUUUGUACAUUUUUCAGUACUAUUUUCGUGAUUUGUUUGCUGAAUUAUGAGGCGUGUCGUUACAAUUGCUAAAAUCGCCAACAAUGGGGGUGGGGGGGGGUGGGGGUCGCAUACACCCCUGGAAAAAAAAUAGCAUCUCUGAGUAUACCAGUUGUUCUCCAAAGAACUUACGGUGUUUAAUUUUAUCAAACGUAAACUAUAAGAGCUAUUAAACUUCACACUUUUGCGUCUAAAACGACUAACAUUUUUAUCAGCUGGGCUGUUGAUUAAAAUCACAAAUCGGUAUUUUGUGACGAUGCUAAGAGUUAGCAUAACAAUGAAUGUAUACAGAUUACUAGUAGAUAGUGCAUGGUCACAACUAUCGCUAUUUAUAUCACAAACUAUAAAUUUACUGUAGGUCUUAUAUUGAAAUUAUUGAUGAUGAGAUGAUAGUUUCAAGCGACGAAGAAAGUGCUGAUUUGCAAAUUGCUAUAAGCAACAGCCUUGUGUGAGUAUUAUAAUAACAAUACUACUAAUGAGCUUUAUUUUAUAAAGGUAACUCCAACUGUAUACAGUAUAAUCUGUCCAUGGAGGCCCUUCUAUUCAGAACAUCAUUACAAGCAUCACUUCCGGUGAAAUGGCGGAUUGUGAUUGGUUGAGAAGCAUUUUCAGCCGUCCAUUAUUUCCCUGUAAUGGACCGGCGGUCCAUUACGUAAAAACAAGCACAUGCAUUUUAAAACAAAACAGUAAAACUAAUUGAAAAUUAUAAUUUAAUUUGUUAUUAAUAAGAUAUUUGCGAAUGGUUUUUAGUGGAAAAGAAGGAAUACAUUGGUAUUUUUUGUUUUCUUCGAUCAAAUGUCUACCACGCUACUAAAUAAUAAUAUGCAUUUCAAAUGAUGGAUUCAUGUUUGUUUCAAGUAUAAAUGCAUAUGAAUGCCAUACAAUAAACUUUUUAUUAAUCUCGCUUGCUCGGUAUGUACAGAGAAAUAUCAGACCUCAGUCUUUUUGUACAAACCUCGCCCUACGAGCUCGGUCUGUACAAAAAAGACCUCGGUCCGAUAUUUCUCUGUACAGACCUCGCGUUCGGUUAAUAAGAAGUUAGCAGCUAAAUAUUUAAAAGUUCUUGUAAGAUGUUCUGCAGUUCUUUGUUUUUGUAGUAAAAAAUCAUUUUCUUUCGAGUGUAACUAUUGUAAUAACUAUGUUUGUUAAUAUUAACUCAUUAACCGAACGCGAGGUCUGUACACCGAGGUCUUUUUUGUACAGACCGAGCCCGUAGGGCGAGAUUUGUACAAAAAGACCGAGGUCCAAUAUUUCUCUAUACAUACCAAGCACAUACCAAGCAAGCGAGGUUAAUAAAAGUUUAUUAUAUGGCAUUUAUACUCGAAACAAACAAGAAAUGCAUGAUUUGAAUACAUUUUAGUAGCGUAGUACACAUUUGGUCUAAGAAAACAAAAAAUACCAGCGUAUUCCUUCUUCUCCACUAAAAACCAUUCGCAGAUAUCUUAUUAAUAACAAAUUUUCAAGUAGUUUUGUUAUUUUGUUUUGAAAUGCAUGCGUUUGUUUUUACGUAAUGGACCGCCUGCCCAUUACGGGAAAAUAAUGGACCGCUGAAGGUGUUUCUCAACCAAUCACAGUCCGCCAUUUCACCGAAAGUGAUGUUUGCCAAAUAAUAAGUCGGAUUAAUGUAUGUUAAGUGUUUAAGUGGAUAUCGCCUGUCGUGUAAAUUUUUUUUAGUAUAUCUAAAACACAAUGGUAAGAUAUUAUUUGAAUUGUAAGACCUUGUUGUAAAAAGUUUCUAGAAAUAUAGGUCUGACCAAUCGAUUUUAAACAUACAGUAUCAAAUAAUUAAGUUUCAUGAAGUGUGUGAAAAGAAACAAAUUGUGCCUGCUACAAACAUUUUAAAAUUGACAAACACUUUCCUUUUUUUAAUUCAAAGUUGAAAAUUGUUGAGAAAUCUUAGCAUACUAAUUACUAGCUACAAAUAUUAAAUAAUAGUCAGUUUAUUGUAUAUGCGAAAUGUAAAAUGAUUAAAAUCAUUCGUCACGUGUUAGCUCAUGUUGUUCUGAACCCUACGACUGGGUGGACUGUUGAAAUUUUAGACUGUAAAUUUGAAUAUCAACCAUAAGGUUCUAAGAUAUUUUCCUUUUGAAAAGGACAGCUAUUGUAAUCGUAUAUACUGUACGUUAGAUAAUAGUUACUAAUAAUGCAUAACAUACACUUCUGUAUCUUAGCAGAGAGGAUGAAGACACGAGUAUUUCCUUAAAAUCAAUUUUACGAGAGCAUAUAAAGCAAGAGAUGAAUGGGAUGCCUUCAAGUGCCGAUGCCCCUAAGAAUCUUAUAAAUGUUCAAAGAAAGUAUGCAUUCAAGGAUGGUCUUGAGAAAAUGAAACGAGCAAAAUUUAAUGCGUCACAUCCUUUGUCUGUGAAGUUUGCUGAUAGGUCAGGACAGAGUGAGGGUGCUGUCGAUAGAGGUGGUCCAACACGAGAGUUUCUUCGGAUUGCGAUUCGUCAAAUGUUCAAUUCAAAGAUGUUUGGAGGAACUGAUAGAAACAAGGUAUUCCUUCUUGACCAAGAAGGUGAGUGAAUGUCACAUUGUGCACACAAAUAAUUUAUUAAACCCCUUUGUUUACCUAAAAUACUUGCUGCAAUUCCCAAUGCGAUUUUCUUUACUGAUGUAUGCAAACAAGUAGACGAGUUUAAUAUGAAUGUUCUGAGUAUAUUACACCAUCAUAUUAGGGACUUCUGUAUACCGAUACAAUGAAAAUAUCGAUAUUUUCAGUAAUACCGAUAUACUGAAAUAUCCGGUACACCGAAAUUUUUCUCGAAGAUAUCAAGUUUUAAAUUAUUAUUAUCAUUAAAUCCAUUUCAUAAACGUUGUGGUACGUAAUUCACCUAUCAAAGGUGCCCGCUUUGCAAACAAACGUGAACGUUUGACAAGUUAAACGUACAUAGCGUGUUGCAUGAUGUAUAAUAUUAUUUAUACGGUGUACAAGGUACAUAUAAGUACACAGUAAAAAAAAAAUUGGAUGACGAAAAAAUUCGUGCAUAAAUAUCUAAAUUCAUAAAAACCGCAUUAUCAGACAUAACGUCAGAACUUGUAAUGUGCAGUUUUUGUGUUUUAACCGCAUUAAAACUAGAGAAUUAAGCGAGAAUUCAUCAUAUAUUUGCCUGAAUUCUGUCAAAACCAGGCAUGGAUUUACUAGUCCUGGCCAGAGGGGGGGGGUGUGCUAUUUUUUAUGAUAAAGCAAAAAAGACAAAAUGAGAUAUAGUAAUUUGAGUAAUAACAUGAUGAUAAGUGAACUGUGAACAACAAUUACAAUUCAAAUACAGUAGAUAAUGGGCGGGCGGCACACAUGACCGACACAACUUGACAGUCGGCACCAGCGCACCCCCCCCCCCUCCCUACCAGAUCAUGCUGGAUCCAUCCCUGGUCAAAACUAUGUGGAAUGAUGGUUGCCCGCUUUACGUCACAAUUUACAGCUCUUUGAUUGGCUUAGAAGUUUUAGAAUUUCAGCCAAGACAAUCAGAGAGCUUUAAAUUGUGAUGCAAAGCAAGCAACCAUCAUCCUGCAAAUAUUUUUUUGACAACCUUGUAUAUCUAAUUUGGGAUUUCGUUAUGGUUCUAUAUAACCCCCCCCCCUAGCAAUACCCCGUAUAAUUUUUCCGGUAUCGAAUCGGUCAAUACGGGAAGAACUAUACGGGUAUUGCUGGGAGGGGGGGGGGGUAUCUACAGAACCAUAAGAAAAUCCUGAAUUAGAUAUACAAGGUUGUCAAAAAAUAUAUGCAGGAUGAUGGUUGCUUGCUUUGCGUCACAAUUUAAAGCUCUCUGAUUCUAAAAUUUUUAAACAGGCAAAGUCGCUGCAGAAAUUACUAGGCCUAGGUUAACCCGCCUUUAGAUAGGGUUAACUUAGUAUGUUUUCAUUAAAAAGGUAUUUCUGGAUGUUUUUUUUCUUCUCUUUCAUUUCUUAGGCAAACAGGAGGAGAUUUAUAAACUCUGUGGCAAGUUACUUGCUGUCUCCAUUUGCAAUGGUGAGAAGGCAGCCAAUCCUGAUAUUAACGAUGUGUGUGAUGUUGCGCUGAGAAUAUUUCUUGAUAAGGUAAGAUUUAUUGUGCAUAUUAACUAGCAUAUAGUAUUUAAUAGUACUCCAGAUUAGAUGUAAAUAUUUUAUUGUAGCACUUCUGUUGCUUACAGGUCGAUGUUUGUCAGAACGAAGAUGACUUUAAGCAGUUACCCGAUCUUCUGGAUCAUCUUGCACAAGCUGGCUGGUCGACAACCAUAUCACUCAGCAAAAAGAAUAAAAUUAUCAGCACACUUUGUCAGUACAGUGUUAUUGACAAAGUUCGUUCAUGCCUUGAGCAAUUUAAAGGGCUGCAGACGUUGCAUAUUUUAGAUCUUAUCAUUAAACAUCCGAGAGUUUUUGAAGACGUGUUCUGCUAUAAUAAAGCAGACGCUUUGACCAGUAAGGUGUUAGACGAUAUUUUCUAUCCAUUGCUGUCAGAAGAGGGAACAAUUAAACGGGAAAAGGAAGAGCAAAUUAUCAUGCAUUGGAGGGAUUAUUUGGCAGACUGUGAAGGUACGUGAAUGUAUAUGUCGUUUCCAAAACUAGGCUGUAUCCAAGUAGUUGACUUCAUUUAUGACGUUUAUAACCGUGGUAUGAAAGUAGCGUUUGGGCUAGUAUUCCAAAGGUCGUAGGUUCGAUUCCCACCGUGGCCAGGCAUAUAUUUCAAGCCUGCCCGGUGUGGAUAUACACUCAGAGUAACAUCACAAGCAUUCUACUGUAUGUGUUUUAAACAUGAGGUACGGAUGAAUUUUAGAGGUUUUGGGUUUCGCGUUGGUUUUCUUGCAGUCAAUUAUACUUAACAAUAAGUUGAUCACCAUUCAUCUAUGACAACCAUCUACAACAUGAAGUUGUAACGAGUUUGAAGCAAGAAAGAGCAAGAGAAAAUGUGCAUGCAAUAUAAGUUUAUUAAAAAGUGGUUUUUAACGUAAAUAAGGAAUAGUACAAUCUGGAAAAUACAGGAAAAGCACUCCCUUACUUCGAAUGUACGAAGCUGUCUUUAAAUUAUAUGCUGUCUUUAAAUGAUUUAAUCAAUGACGGUUAAUUGAUUGUUGACAAUGAUUCCUCGAUUAGGAAAUAAAACAAAUAAAACAAGUAAAAAUAAUGUCAACGUUUGAAAUACUAAAUUGUAAAACUUUUUUAUUUUAAGUUGGUGGAGGAACUGAACAAGAAGCAACACUUGAACAUAUACUGAUUUUCACAACUGGCAGUGAUGAAAUCCCACCAGUUGGAUUUGAUCCAAUCAUAACAAUCGAGUUUUGGGAUGAUACAAAACCUAUGGCCAAUACCUGCUCUAAUGUGAUCCAUUUACCUCUUCAUCCCAAGUCACAGAACGUGAAUUACGAGUACUUUAAAGAAAUGAUGAAUUUUGGAAUCUUAAACUCCCCAUGCUUUGGAAAUGCAUAA